AUGGCCUCCAUUCUCCUCGCCAUCCCGCGCAUUAUUCUCGCGUUCGAAUACUUCGUCGGCGGUAUUCCUAGACUCGGCCCUUGGCCUUUCAAGACGCUUCACGAGAGAAUCUACCGAAAGUCUCAGAAGACUGCGCCGUUCCUCCACCCACUCUACCCUUUCACUGAUCAACGCAAGAUCAAGCUUCAUAUGCAAUACAUCGGAGCGCUGAUGGUCACGGAAGGCUUCCUACUCGCGCUGCCACAAACCCGAGGGGGGGCUUUCGCCCUCUUCCUCGGAUGCUUUUUGACAUCUUCUGGAUACUGGAGCCAGAUGCGAGCAGAUAUGCCGUAUUGGCUUCCCGUCACAAACUUCGGUCUAUCAUGGCUGGUGUGGUACAUCGAGAACAGAUCAUAG